AUGCGUAUUUUUCUCUUUGGUUUUCUUUUCUUUUGUAACGCUGUUUUUGGACAAUCUAAUGAUAGCUCAAUCGUUGUAAAAACAAGCGAAAGCAUUACUAUAAUUCCUAAAAAAGACAGUUUUAAAAAAACUGAUUCUACUUUUAAAACGUCAAAAUCAAAAACUCCAAUUUUUGAAGGAAUUAUUACGUAUCAAAAACGCAUUCUGAAUCCGAAUCCCAUUUUAAUUUCAGAUGAAGAAUUUUAUCAAACCGUGGAGAACAAAGGAAACAGGUACAAGAUUGUGAGCAACGAAACUAUUUCAAUUUUUGACCCUCAGGGCUAUCGAGUAUGUAUAAAAGACAUUAUAAAAGACAAAGACACUUUUUAUUGCUUGCCCGCAAAUUUACCCGAAGAUAAAAAUCAAAAAAUUGAGACUUCGAGCCAAAAAAUAAAUGUAUUAGACAAAAAUUGUUCCUCAUUUUUAGUGAAAAGUCCUUUUGCUACACGUACCAUUUUUUAUAACAGCGAAACGUUAAAAGUAAAUACUAGCUUGUGG